AUCAUGCAUGAUAGACUCGUAUCUGCAGUAAGGAUGCUACCACUGAACUAGAAUAGGCUAAUGUUUUGUUUCUUACAGAGUGUGCUAUCUUAGAAAGGUUCACUUCUGCCAUUCAAAGCUUCAGUCAAUUUACUACUUUGAUAUGGUACACACCAUCACACGUUGAUUCCCAUACAUUAUCACAUCAUGUCAAACGAGGUAAUAAUAAUAGCUGUUUCCAACGAGCCUAGCUUGUAUAACAUGGACUGCGAGGCAUACAAACACAAAAAUAGGAAGCACGAUGCGUGGAGCAGAGUUGCUGCAGUUGUCGGUCUACCUGUGAAGGACGUAAAAAAAAGAUGGAAGAACCUGCGGGACACCUACAGGGAGGUCUUAAGGAAGGAGGCGGAGCGGUGCAGAAGUGGCGCCGCGGAGAGAGGGCCAAACAAAGGGUGGCGGUAUGCCGCCAUUAUGUCAUUUUUGAUCCCAUUCAUGGAGCCACGUGGCUACUACAGCAACAUGACCCCGUCGGUCAAAGUUGGUCGAAAGGCAACCCUACCUUCCGCUGGUCACGGCACCCCACCUGUGUCUGGGCACUUCGCCCCACUUGACCCUGGUGACUUCAUCCUACCUGUCGCUGGUGAAGCCACUCCACCUGUUGUUGAUGAAGCCGGCCCAUCUGUCAUUUCUCAAAACGCCACCUCACCGGUUGUUGGUGAAGCCAACCCGCCGGCGGCAGGCACAUUCGGGGUCCACACCUUCCCGGCGGUGACACAUGCUCGGGUCACAGAGAUGGAUGAGUUUGAUGCGAAGCUACGGCAGCAAAUCUCUGCAUUCCUGGAGAAAGUCCAGACAUCCCAGAGCUCUCCAGACAUGCUGUUUUUUAAAAGCCUUGUCCCAAUGAUGGGAAAAUUAUCAAAUCGAAACAAAGAGCUGUUGAAAAUGGACAUCCACAAGGUUGUGUUUGAUGCUGUGUGUAGGCAGGAGGAUGAGGAGGGCACCUCCACAGACCACAAAUAAAAUAUAUAUGUUUUUGGAAGUG